CCCCCCCGUAGUCGACCAUUGCGCACAAUUUUUGUAGCAGGACUUUUACUCCGUCAUGCUUCGCUAUUGCAGGAUUUUUGGCAAGAGUUUCUCACUGCAAUUAAAAACCCUUUCUAAAAACCGAUUUUUAGCUAAAUCCAUUCACCGCUUCAUGUUCGAACAAAACUUUCGCUACAAAAAUUUAUCUAUAUGAGAACCUGUGUCAAACUUUAGGUUCGUUUGCAAAAAUUUCAACGGUUUUUAAAUUUAAAACUUUUUAAAAUUUAAAAGUCGUCAAAAUACGCGGAUUUUGAUUUAAGCUGCAACACCAAACGGCUGAUACCACAAGCUUUGCGAUGUUCAAACCUCAAUAAACGCAAAAGGGUUUUCUGGAGACCCAUUAAGAGCCUUCUGGAAAUCUCUAGCAUGUAUCUGUAAAAUGCUCCAAACUUAAUUAUUUAUGCAAACCUUUCUUUUAUCUGCAUACCUCCGUUUAUCAGAAAAGGUUUCCUAGAGAUCCUCUGGAAAUCCUCUAAGCGGUUCAAAUGUAUGCCCGUUGCAUGCGCCGUGGUCGAUUAUCUUUCAGUACACUUUGAUGGAAAAUCAUAUUGUAAAUUUUUGCGGAAAAAUUUAUUGUAUGUAGAAUAAUUAUUAUCGACGCCAAAAACAGCUUCCCGGCUUUUUUGGCUUCAAUUUGGAGAAUACAGUCUCAAGUAUAUAUUCAGCACUAUUUUGGUUCACGAACUUGUAGUUUUUAAGAAAAAAAUUUAGAAUCUUUUUCCGGGCUUUUACCAAAAUUUUGAAAUUUAAAUAAUUUUUUAAUUUUGAAUUGUUUUGUUAAUGUUUUCCAGUUUGUAGAGGAUACUUCGAAGUAUAUGUUCUGAAGUUUUUUCGGCUUAGUGACAUUAUCUGGCUGAGCAAAAAACUAAUUACUUAAAAAAAUGAUGUUAAAUUUUUGAUCACAGGUUUACUAUUAAAAUAUUUCCUGACCGUUCGUCCUUCAUCAUAAAAAUUUUGUUCUUUCCCUAGUUUGCAGCUCUCUCUGAUCUCAGAAAAAAUGUUUGGACCAUUGCAAGUUAAUGCUUCCUAUUCUCUGACAUGCCAGCUUUCAGAAUUACUAUCGAAAAGCUAAGUGAACUCGUUUUCUCAGACUAAAAAAGCGUCAUCAAGUGAAGAAAUAGCGAAAACAAGAGUACCAUCACUAAUUCAUCUGUCAAUAUCUUUUCAACAACAUGGUGUACCAAUACGAAAAUCAUAGAGACGUAUACACUUUUGAACGCUCUAUCCAGUAGAACUAAAAAUAGCUUUACAAAGUUUAGCCAAGCUGGGAAAAAACAGAUGACACAACGAACAGGCAUUUUUUGGUUUGUUACUUAAUGAAGUAACCAAAAACACUUUCUAUUUCUAUUUUGAAACUAAUAAAUAAACAAAACUGAACUGUAGCAGCUGGUAAUUGAAACAAAAAUAAGUUAUUCUUUAGGUCUUCUCAUCUUGGUUUAUUUAGAUUUCUUAGAAGUGAUAAUGUCUUUGGAUCGUCAUGCUUUUGAAAAAGAGCGCAUUCAUUUUUGAUUUAAUAUCCUAUAAAUGUUCAUAUAACAUAUGUUGCAAAAGUAAUGGUAUAAAUGUUAAGCCGUAUUUCUCAACGACAAGAACAAAGUCUAGAGAACAAAUUUGUCUGGCAAACAAUUUUUUAUUUAUCCAAUUUGAACAGUACGACAACAUUCUUUCCAUUGAUCUCAGAAAGAUCUUGCAACGUAAUUUUCCUUUUUAUUCUUUUCACUUCCAGUUCAGCCUGAAAAGCUUUGAAAACUAAAUAGAUGAUAAUGAAGUUCAUGCAAAACUCUGUCGAUCCCUCUACUUUCUAAAAGUUCUUUAAUAACUCCUCAAUGGUAAAAAAACCGUAUGAUAAAACUCAGUUUUAGUGGAAAAGCACCAGUUUGCAUGGGACGAUGACACAUCGAGAAAAUUUCAAUAUUUAUGACUGAAAAUGUAUUAGUAAAGAUUUUAAAUAAUAUGAAUUUGCAGAGAAUUGAAUGCUGUUUCAGAAAAUGCGUUUAACAAAAGGAAGAAGUUGGUUCAGUAUAUGAAAAUUAUUAAUUAAAUCUAAUUAACUAUGUGUCUGAACCUAAUAAAAAAUUUGCGAAUUUCUAGUUUGAAAAGUGGGCCGAAAGAUAAUUUAUCAUCCACCAUUCGAAAGAGCGAUAAAAACACUUCUAGUUUCUACAAUUACUUAAUUUCAGACAUAUGCUGUUAUAGGGAAAAAUAUGCUUUAUGAGAGAAACAGGAUUGAAAAGAGUGAAAGUUGCAAGAGCUUUUUUGGCGACGUUUGCUAUUUAGAUUUUUUCUCACUCAAACUUAAUCAGAAAAAAAUUUGUUCUGUAUGUUUUACGAAGUUCAGACUUUGCUCUUUUCAACGAAAAAAUAAUUAACUCUUCUGCACAUCAGGAACAUGCAGAAAUAAUGCUCGACAUUUACACCAUUACUUUUGCACCAUGCGUUAGAUACAUGCAUGGAUGUCCUCCGAUUUCGAUUUUCUUUAGAAUAUCCUUUGGCUUGUCAAAGCGUUACGCUGUUACGUUUGGCUACUGUUUUUCUGACUUUUCUCAAUAACCAGGUCAGCUAGAGAGUUGAAAUAUUCGUUGAAUUGAACAGGAAUCGAGUUAAAAUUAUGUUUUCGUUAUGAUGAUGUCGUUAUUGGUGACGUUUCGUGCUCCAUGCCAUGAGGACCGCGGUGGUAGAAAAAAACUUUAAGUAUAUCAAAAAAAUUGCCUAUUGUUACUGAUUAACAUAGUCUACGUUGAUCUUCUAUGUAUGCGAUAUAUAAGCGUCUACAGAUAGAAGAAUGUAUGUGUGCAAAUUAGACUAGUUUAUCAUCGAAGAGAGCGACUUAUACGUAUUAAUAAAAACCUGCACUUCUCUAUCAAAUUCAAUGCAAAAACUGUGUUUCUAUAUACAAUCGAGUGACUGUACAAUUUGGCGUCAGUCGAUUAUGAGAAUUUUUACUUAAAAGUCCUCUCAUCGAAAGUGACCAUUACGUGUACAAGCCGCCUAGUUUGUAGAGGAUACUUCGAAGUAUAUGUUCUGAAGUUUUUUCCGCUUAGUGACAUUAUCUGGCUGAGCAGAAAACUAAUUACUUAAAAAAAUGAUGUUAAAUUUUUUAACACAGAACUACUAUUAAAAUAUUUCCUGACCGUUCGUCCUUCAUCAUAAAAAUUUUGUUCUUUCCUUCCCGUCAAUAACUGAUUACUGCUAAUUAACGUUAAUACAGUAUACUCUACCAGCGUACAGUACCAUUUGGAAAAUAACGGCUCAACGAAAAAAUUCAUGCAAUAUCACACCUGAUAGAGAAUUUCAUGGUCUACAACAUAGACUAUAUCUAUAUCCAGAUCUGUUCGAAUUCAUCUUGAAGGUUCAGUAAAUCUGUUUUUGUUACGGUGGAGGACAUACCAUCAGGAACUACCAAAACGACAAAUUAUUGGAAGUAAUAUUUUUGAUUUAUUUCCUUCUCACGGACGCCGAUGAACACAUGUAUCGUUUUCAAACUCAUGUUAAACUAAAAGGUUUUCUUUUCUUCUACAAAAAUUAAAAAAAUUGUAUUUUUUGAAAUAAAAUAAACUGUUUGAACACCCAAGUGGUUGAAGUAAAUUGAACAACUUGUCUUUUCUUUAAAUAAAUCCUAUUUUGAACUUUUUAUGAAAUUCGAACAGACCUGGAUAUAGCCUAUGUUGUAGACCAUGAAAUUCUCUAUCAGAUGUGGUAUUGCAUGAAUUUUUUCGUUGAGUCGUUAUUUUGCAAAUGGGACUGUACGCUAGUAGAGUAGAUUGUAUUAACGUUAAUAAGCAGUAAUCAGUUAUUGACGGGAAGGAUUCAUCUGUCAAUAUCUUUUGAACAACAUGGUGUGAGGGGUGUCAGAAUAUCACUACGCAGUGUAUUCUCAAAAAGAGACUGUUUUCCCUUUUAUGACUAUCUCAAAGAUUGAUUAAAACAACAGUGUUUUUAUGAUUUACUGAAUGAACUGAAAAACCUACAAUUGGUUAGUGUAUUCAAUAUAUGGGCAGUUGACCGCAGUAAACAUAAUUUAGCAUUUAAAUUUUGGUAUUUUGUAUUACACCAUUUACAACCAUUAAUUGAAUUAUAUAUGACCCUUACAACCUUCAACUUUUCUGCACGUAAUGCAGCAUUGAGCAAAAUGGCAUCCUUAUUUUUCUCAAACAAUCAUCGUAAUUAUGCUCGUUUAUUUGCACAACAUUUUGUCGAUCUUCGUUCAAGUUCGGCUUAUGUAUCAGAUGGUUUAGCACGCUCCUUUGCUGUGAAUCGUACAAACCGACCGUUCUCCUCAAUUGCGAUGGAUCAAGCGAUAGAAUGCACCAUUAACAAUGUUGGAAAAGGACACGGCGGCAUAUCUGGACGGUUUAGCCAAGAUUUAAUUGAUAUUUGGGUAAAUUCAUUUUCUUAUCCUGCGUUAUUAACAACAUUUACCAAUGAAAUUGCUGGUUUAGAAACAUCAAAAACCGCGACUGAUUUUCAUAUAGAAUGUCAGCAAAACCGACAAUCAAAGAAACUCUUAUUUUCUCUCGUAGACUCUGGGGAAACAUCAGGAUAUGGUUAG